CCUUCCAAACUUUGAACUCCUUGUUUGAUUUAAUUGAGUACGAUUUGCGUUGCCCUCCACCAUCCAAAUGGGAGGAAUUUAUAACCUCUCCUGCCCACGAACAGCAGAAUUUUGAUGCUGGAUCAUGGACAGUGCUCCCAAAUCCUGUUGGAGUGGACAUCCAGGGGCCUGUGAUGCACUUUACCCCAAAGUCCAACUAUGGUGCAGGUCCUGAAGAAAAGUCCUCGCCAACCUUGAAAACAAGGAAAUCAGUGGAGCGGGGAAAAACCUAUAUUAAAAAGCCGCUGAAUGCCUUUAUGUUGUACGCAAAGGAGCAGCGCCCAUUUGUAAAAAUGAUUUAUGCCGAUAAAGACAGCGGCACAGUCAACAAGCUCCUGGGACAGAUGUGGCAAGCGCUCCAAGUCAGCGAAAAAGCAGUGUAUUUUGAAGAGGCACAGCGACUGGAACGGGAGCACGUAAUAAAAUAUCCAAACUGGUCGGCCAAAGACAACUAUGGCAAAUCAAAGAGGACAAAGCGUUCCAAUGCAGCAAGUUGCACGAGCCAUCACCCCACUGCCACUCUGGUCGCUGCCUAUCCGGUGACUGCCACUCCGGCCGGUGCCUUUCCGAUCGCUGCCUAUCCGGUGGCUGGCUAUCCGGUCGCUGGCUAUCCGGUGGCUGCCUAUCCGGUGGCUGGCUAUCCGGUGGCUGGCUAUCCGGUCGCUGGCUAUCCGGUCGCUGGCUACCCGGCCGCUGCCUCUCCGGGCGCUGCCUCUCCGGGCGCAGCUUAUCCGGCCGCUGCUUAUUCGGCCGCUGCCUUUGCUGUUGCUGCCGAUCAUGUCUCUGCCCCAGUCACCAAUUCCCCUCCCUCCUCCUCGGACUUGGAAACAGAGCUCCCAAUGCCGCCCAGCCUUGAGGAGGAAUUGUCUGAUUUUUUGGAAGACCUGGCAAAUCAGCCGCAGGAUCAAUGGCCAGAUUUCCACUUUGAUGCAUCCCUCUUCGAUUUGUAA